UGUUUUUUAUUUUUUUUUAUUUUUUACCCACUAAAUAUUUAACCUUUGCUAAAUAUUAAUAAAAUCUCGUAAUUAAUUACCAAACGCUAUAUACAACUGCAAGAUAUUGACGCUAAAUAAAAUUAACAGUAGUCCAUUUUUUUUUUCAAUCUUACGACCAAUAUUUGUCUUCAUGGUUCCUAUCAUUUUUUAAGUCCUAUCCAAUCCUACUUCUUAUUUUUAAUCUAAUGUCAUGAGUUUGAACCCACCAAUGUCGGUUGGUAACUACCCACAUACCAUAACUUAAUUAGGUGAAUGAUCAUUCCAACACCUACCAAAACUUUUUGUCUAUAAAACCCAACAUUGGUUCAAACCCAAACAUUUAACUUAAAGAUCCAUUCAUACAACUUAAAAGAAAAAACAAUGGCAAACGAGAGAGCCGGGGCCGAGAUCAUGUAUGGGGAUGAAGGGUGUCGUCGCUACUCCAUUGAUCUCCUUGAAGAGCUCGGUUUCCCAAAAGGCGUUCUCCCACUCAAAGACUUUGUGGAGUGUGGGAGAGUUCGCCAGACCGGUUUUGUUUGGAUUAAGCAAAAGGGUCCAUAUGAACACUUUUUUGAAGAGACUAACACACAUGCCAACUAUGCAACAGAGAUAAGUGCAUAUAUUGAAAAAUGUAAGAUGACGAAAGUGACCGGGAUUAAAAUCAAAAAAAUGAUGAUGUGGGUUCCUAUUGUUGAGAUGAGCAUGGAAAAUGAAAAAAGUUCCAAGAUUUACUUCAAGACCUCGGUUGGAGUAGGAAAGUCGUUUCCGGUGACUGCGUUUAUGAUUAAUGAAGAAAAGAAGAAGUACCCUAAGCAGUCGAAGUGAAUCAAGUUUGAUUUCUAGUAACUUUCUUAUCAUAAUAUCAUAAACGUGUUCUUAUAUUUGAAAAAUGAGAAUGCUACUUACGAGAAAUAUACAUAUAAAAUAAUUUGUUAGGAUUUUUGAAUAAGUAACUCACAAUUUCUGUCAAAUUUGGAUCGUUAUUGGUUCUUUAUGAAAUUAAAUGGGUUACCUUUUAAAUUUUUGUAUUUGCUAAAAAGAUUAAAAAAAUACAGAAAUAUGUUAGAUUGAAAAAAGACCGA